AUGGGUCUUUUUAAACACAGGUAUACACAUGGCAGGGCCGUUUCAUGAUCAUUUAAUAGAUCGAAAGGUGAAACCAAAAUAAAAAUUACACAGAAGGACGCAAAGGAAGGUUCGAACCCCAAAGGCGCCCAAAUAAAACCUGACACGAAGAAAAAAUUAGCCGAGGAACCUAGCAAGAAAAAAGUUGAAGAAAGCGAAAGCGAGACUGAUUCAGAAAGCGACUCAGAGAGUGAGUCUGAAAGUGAAAGCAGUUCAAGUGACAGUUCCAGUGACAGUUCCAGUGACAGUUCCAGUGACAGUUCCAGUGGCAGUUCCAGUGAUGACUCCGAAAGUUCGAGCUCCGAGGACGAUAGCAGCUCUGAUGAGGAAUCUUCAUCCGAAUCGGAUUCAGACGAAGAGAGCGAGUCAGAGGACAGUGACUCUGAUGACAGUGAUUCGGAGGAUGAAAGCGAGUCUGAGAAGAAAAGCAAAAAAACGGUUCAUGAGGUACCUAAAUCGAAAACAGAGAAUCAAAAUGAGAAAAAGAAAGACGCAGCACCUGCAGGCAAGCCAACUGGAAAGGACAGUGGAAAACCAAAAAAACACUCUCUUUUCAGCAGACUUAGAAGACACAAAAAGCACUGA